AUGCCAAAUAAAAGGGAUGAGCAGACAGUAAAGACUUCUACAACGGACGAAGCUUCCUCGAUCCUGUCAUCUUCAGUUCAAGGUGCAAGCUAUUUGGUACUUCUCCAGUUUGUUUCCAGGAUGCUGACCUUCACAUUAAACCAGGUCCUGCUCCGCUUCACAUCUGCAGAAACAUUGGGUAUCGCAUCUGUCCAGCUUGAGUUACUUCUCAACACCAUCCUUUUCCUCUCACGCGAGGGUGUGCGCUGUGCUGCAAUUCGUGUCAGUGAUGAUAAUGGUGAGGAUAAUAAUGAUCCGAUCAAAAAAAAUGGUGACAAUAGUCAGAGUCGUCAAAAAAACUAUACUCAGCAUCAAGAUCGACAGAUUUCAUCAUCACCCCCCCUGCCGGGUUCAGAGGAAUAUCGACUUCAAAAACUUAUCAACAUGGUUUAUGCACCCAUUCCUAUUGGAGCCUUCAUGACCCUGGCUGCCGUCGGAUACUAUCUUUCACAUGUUGAUAACGCAAGUGAGAUGCGAUUCCCAGGAUACAGGCUAUCGAUUGUUUUGUAUGGCCUGGCUGCAUUGAUCGAGUUGUUGGCGGAACCCAUGUUUAUGGUGGCACAGUAUAAGCUUUGGUUCAAGACGCGUGUCUCUGUGGAAGGCCUAGCCGUGAUUGUCCGAUGUGUUCUUACGUGUGCUUUGACUGUCUAUGGAGCUCGCCAAUCAGUCGUAAUGAGCAAUGAGAAAACUAAUGGGUCGGGAUCGAACGCAAAUACUAUGGGGGUAUUAGCCUUUGCAAUCGCACAGUUUGUGUAUGGACUGUUGACGCUCGGUGGGUUUUUACUUGCAUUUUGGAGCAAGAGUACAGAAAAGAACCAAGCCGAGAAGCGCCGCAUGCAUGCAGCGUUGAAAAAGUUUGACGUUGACAAUGCCACUCGUAGUACAGAAACCGAAGCAGAUCAGAAACAGGAUUUGAUCUCGAUGAAGGCUCUACUGCCCCGCAAAUUGAUCAGAAAGAGCAAAGAUGGAAAGUUGGAAACCUUUUUCUUCGACAAAGAAUUGUUAAAGCUUUCCAAGACUUUGACUGCACAGUCGUUGCUCAAACAUAUCUUGACUGAAGGAGACAAGAUGUUGAUGGCUGGGUUCACCACCGAAGCCGACCAAGGUGUUUAUGCCUUUGUUAUAAACUAUGGCUCACUCGUUGCAAGGAUUCUCUUUCAGCCUAUGGAAGAAACUAGUCGGACAUUAUUCAGUAGGCUAUUGAGUGACAUCGGGCCAGUUGCCAAAUCAUCAACAAUUACUACCUCCAUUACCGCAAGUAGUCCUACUGACGUGUCCAAGGACGACGAGAAACUUGAUGGAGCCUCUCUAACAGACACACAACGUAGGAAUCUCGUCCUCUCUCGUGAUCUUCUCUUGACAAUCAUGAAAUUCCACAUCCUUUUAGGUUUGGUCUUCAUCGCCUUCGGAACUCAUUAUACAGCGACUUUGAUUGAUUUGGUUGUUGGAAGCUAUUGGUCGCGUCAAACAAUCGCUCCUGCUGUCCUUAGCCUCUAUUGCUGGUAUGUUCCUAUCAUGGGCCUCAAUGGCAUCACAGAAGCAGUCGUUCAAGCAGUCGCUUCAGAGAACGAGCUUACAGCCCUCUCUUACUGGAUGGUGGGGUUCUCUGCCGUGUUUUGUAGUACGGGUGCAUUCCUCAUGGGAGCUCUCGGGCUGGGUGCCAAGGGUAUCGUACUAGCAAAUUGCGUCAAUCUAACGAUGCGUAUCUUAUGGAGUAUGUGGUUUCUUUCAGGAUAUUAUGGGCGACACAUUCCUACAAAGACGAUCACCACAGCUGAGAGCAGUGUCGUAAGGAUGUUUUCUUUCGUUCCAUGGCGCAAUGUCCUCCCUAGUUCUAUUGUUUUGGCGACAUUCAGCGCUGCGUAUGCGAUUACAGCUGCAAGUGAACAAUGGGUUGGAUGGGAUCGAUUAAUUGAUAAGGCAGUUCACAUAAGCAUCGGCGUUUCGGCAUUUGGACUGGUCAUGGCCAGCAUCCUCCAUGCUGAGAAGUCAUUCUUGUGGGACAUUCGAAAUAUCGUCCGUCAGAGACGCAACAGCUAA